GUGAAGGGCGGCGGAACCCCGUUAGCCAAUGAAAAUUCUGUUCUUCUGUUUACUUGAAAAUUGGUCACCAAGCCUUUCCGAGCAUUUCGCUGAAACAGAAACGCUGCAAAUACAAGUGAACUUACAGGAGGUGCGCAAGCAUCUCUUUCAAAAUCUCUUCAGAACCAGUAGACUUAUGGAGGCCUGAAUGGUGGACGCUUGUGCCUGGAAGUCUGGCAGUAAUCUGGUUCCUCAAGACCAGAUCGAGUGGUUGUUGUCUUUGCUCCUGAAGGCCGAGGAGCGAAGAUGGCUCGUGAGCAUCUCUCCCGUAAACUCGGUUGAACACGGAGCCUUGCAACGAGCCGAGGGGAACCAAAAUCGAAUUGGUUCCUUUGUUGAUGCUGGAUCCCUGCUACUGAGCCAUGGAAAGUUUAUUAGAAGAAUUCACAACAGAUUUCAUGAUCUUGAGCUGAGUCACUACUGCCUCAAGGUCACAGCCAACAGCACAAAUCCAGACAGGCCAUCUUCUCAAAUGAAAGUGGUUUCAAAUGAUGACAGCAAUGCAUCUAGCUUUGGACAAGGAAGGAAUCCUAGUUCUAGAACAUCGACUGCUAGUGAGACUGCUGGAGACAUCACAGCAAGGCAUCCCCUGUUUGAAUUGUACAAGAAUGCUGUGCUGUGUGCUCAGCGUCCUGUCCUUAGCCAGGCUGCCUCUCCAAACACACUAUAUUCACCAGUGUCUUCACCAUCAUCACUGCAAAGAAAGUUCUCAUUUCCAAGACUUCCCUCUUCAUGUUCAGCAUCUGGUGCUGCAAAAGUAAAUUCCUGCAGACCUCAUAUGCCAUCAUCAUCUGAUGCUGACUGUGUGGAUCAUGAAGUUGCCGACUCAAUCUCUUCAGAUGCUUUGCAGGAGUUAGUGAUGAAUGUCUUUGAACUUGGAAGGAGACAACACAAGUUCCUAUGUGAGACUGAGAUACCAAAUAAAGUUCCUCGUGCAAAGGAGGAGCCUCUAAAGGUUCUGGUAGAAGAGUUGCUAAGUAGGCUGGUUGUACUUGAGCGCAAUCAUCACCCAUUUUACAGCGUUCAGGCAUUCAUGGACAAGAAUGCCUAUAGUGAAUGGGUACUAGUUGAGAAGGAGAAGAUAGAAGGUUUGAUUAGAAGCUUCUGGCACUAUGCUCGUCCCGUUGUGCAUGAGUUACCCCUGGAAAGUCCAGAAUACCAUAAACAGUAUGUUGAGCUGAUGAAGAGACUUAUCAGGUUUGAAAGUAAACACAGGGAACUACACCCAGUUUAUGGUGGAGCAAUUCCAACAGCACCUCUCUCCUCAUCAGCAUGCCGACUGCUAAAAGAGUUUGAACUCAGAUAUGGAGUAGGGUCGCUCUUCUGCAAGAUUUCUUAUCUGGAGUACCUUGUUAAGUACUUUGAGAAUGAACUCUGGUACAUUGAGCACGUCUUUGUUUGUUUACAAGAUGUUAUGGAUCAUGUUUUCAUCUGCCAAGAAAUUUUUGUUAAAGAAGAGUUUAAAAUGCUGCUGUCCAUACUGUCAAGUUUGCUGGCAAAAACGAAAUACUCUUUGACUCGAAUAAGAAGAAUCUUUCCAGCUGAGAACAGUCCUACGAAUGGUGUGCCAGCACUGGUUGCACUGGUUGCACUGUAUGAAUUGACUUUGGAAUCUGCAAGACAACUGCAAUCUGAAUUCCCUUCAGUGUUCUCAGUACUUCUGCAGGCUCGUCAGUUUGCUAAUAACCUCACAACAGAACCAGUCAGUGAUCUUCUAGCCUCAUAUUUAAAGGAAGAGAUGGUGGGUCGGUAUGAGCGCAUCAAAGUUAUUGCCACAGAUGAGAUAAGGCAAAAUUUUUCUUCACCCAAGCUUCUGCUCAAAUUAAUCCUGGAAAUCCACCAUGAAGUCAAAUAUUAUAACACUUCUUACAAACAGGCCUUCUCCAGGUAUUUUGAUAUGAUGGAGCUUGCGGCUGUUACGUUUUAUUCCUUGCUGAUGUCAGAUGUGCAACAGCUGUGUGAAAACCCACCCCGAACCCAACGCCGUGAUAAUGUGGAGCCCUUGAUGCUGUGCUUGGCAUUUCGAUUAUCAAAAUUAGACAAAGAAUGGUCAAAGUACAUUCCCUACAGUCAUCAAAGAUGGCGGGAGCCCUUUCAGGAGUUUGCGCUGCAGUGGUUGGAUGCUGUUGGCCGUUACUUUCAAACACUUGUUCCUCAGCUGAUCAGCCAUGAUGUAUGGAAUGCCGUUGAGGUGAACAUAAGUGGAGAACAAGAAAGACGCCGCCAGAUGCAGCCAGGAAGGCUGACAGCACCAGGGCCACUUGGUCCCAAGUCUGCUUCCCUUCCGUCCUUGACACCAUCACAGCAUUCUGCUUUCAAAACUGUCAGCUCUUCUGUUGGGAUGCCUUCCAAGUCUACUGCCUCUAAAGGAGUUAGAGGUAAAGAGCCACUUCAUUCAAGGAAAAUCCAUCUAGGCUCCAGUCCCCCAACCAGAGUGAAAAGUCCAAAACGCCGGCAACCCAGUCUGUCUUUUGAUAGUAGUUCAGAUGAAGAGACUGCAAGAGGUGUUCGGAGAAAUACACCCAAAUCAGACAAUACACAGCAGGUUGUUGCCCAAAUCCAUUUUCCUAGAGGGCAACCCAAGCCUGAAAUUGUAGAGCACCAUCCCAGCAGUCAAGGAGAAUCCAUUGAAGAAGAAUCACCAAAAAGUGUUGCGGUUGACCCGCAUAAACAUCAGGAACAAUGUUCUUCAAGUCUGGCGAAACCAAGGAGCACUGGGGAGUCAAUGAGCUAUUCUGCCACUGCGCAAGAUGGUAAUGGAAUCAUGAAAGAGGCGAUACAAAUUGUAAAAAACGACGAGGGCAAUGCUCGGUGUGAUGAGCUAAGUGAAAAGGAGAGCAUCACAUUAGACCAACAAGGAAAUGAGGAGCUCACUACAGUGAAGAUGUCAGAUAACCUUGAAAAUACCAAACCAAGUGCAUCAGAACACGAGAAUGACAAGCGACAAGAUGAUGACAAGUUUAGUACAGAAGAACGCGAAGAGCAUGCAGACGAUGUAGAGCAAAUUCAGUGUGUUUCAGAGGUGGAGGAUUCAGAAGGACAAAAGUCCAAGAAACCUUCUCUUUCUGGGCAGGCAGAGAAUGAUGGGGCAGAGUUGGCAGAAAACGGUGCACUGAGGCCUCUUGAGAAUGGUAAACACUCCGAAGAUGCAGAGCCUAGUGGAUCUUUAAACAACUUAGAGGGGGUUGAAAACAACAUUGUAUCCAUGAAAGAGCAGUUGGACGGUAGCGCCGAGGAUGAAGUCAAAGCCUCUGGGCUGAACACGAAGGAGGAUAGAAGUGUGGUGAAGGGUCUUGAGAAUGGUCAUCAUCCUGAAAGCUCACAGUCAAAUAGUUCUUUGUGUCCCUCGGUGGAAGCUGAAAACAAUACUAGACCCAAGCUAGAUCAGUUAGGAUGUAACACAGAGAAGACCGAAGUAGAACGUUCUGGGGCAAGUAUGACUGUAGGAAACUGUGUGAUGCAGCCCCACGAGAAAGGAGAAAGUUCGGUGCUAACCAUUACUCGAGAACCUCUUGAAGAAACAGGUGGGCUACAUCCUGGGUACGAAACAAACCCUGGGGUUGCACAACUGAGUGGAUUGGAUAAGACUGAAAACCACAUAAAGCCUUUGGUGGACCAACCAAUAGAAGACACAGAAAAGGUCGAAGGAGAGCAGUGUGCAUCAAUUUCGACAGAUCCUGCACCGACUGUAAAACAAGAUUUUAUAGAAGAUGAUGGUGAGCUUUUGAUCCUUGAAAGAGAUUCCAUUUCAAAAUGCUCAUCCUAUUCCAAAGCUUCUGAGUCUAGGAACCAAAGCACCCCAAUUGAGAAUGAUACCAGUGAUGAAUCAUACAGUGAUGAAUCCAUUCACACUUCUGAUUCCUUUAACUUCAUUGAAGAUGAAGGUAAGACAAAGAUGUCACAAAGUAAAGCCAUUUCUAGUGACGGAGCUUUUGCUUUUUCAAAGUCUGUGCCCAAUGGGGACAGCAGCAAACAGCAGCGAAAGGAGGGUUCUGGAAAAGGGGCAUCAAAGAUACGUUCUCCUCCAGAGUUAGGUUUCCGUACCAUUGUUCCAGUGAUUGAGCAUGAAGAGGAAGGAAUAAGUAGUUUGGGACGUGAUGGAAGUGAUCGGAGAACCUCUUGUCGAACUUGCCCAGCAAGACAAAGUUGUCUUGAAACAGGAGACAAGCGAAAACACGAUGUACGCAGCCAGGGAGCAAAUGACAACAAGAAAAGCACAGUGCUCCAACCAAGGCCUAGUGCUCCAGUGAAAAUCCCGGCCCCUCAAAACAGACUCUUUGCUAAACUGCGUGACACCGCUUCUGGCUCAGCUGGCUCUAAAUGGUCAGAAUGUGGCAGUUUUGUCAGUGCUGUUGGGUCUAUAGAGAGCUUUCACACUGCAAGAUCUGGUGGUAGUGCCUUGAAGUCUGAUGGAGUAAGCAGCAAUGAUGGGAGUGAUCACGACUCAGAGAGCAAUCAUUCAAGCGAUGAUAAGCCACACGUUUUGCCAAUUUCUAGUUCGUUCGUGGAUGUGAUUUGUGCUGUGAACCGUCUGACGGCAUUUGCGUGUCAUCUGUGCAAGAUCCUUUGCCCAGAUGAAACUUCCCAGAAUGGUGGACAUGCAGCUACUGCUUUCUCCACAUCAGCAGAUGAAGACCUGAAGAAUGAGUCGUUGGAAAUCAAAAGGAGACUUAACCACAGGCUUAUUCAGGUGAUGUUUUCGUUUGUAAGGCUGUACUCGGACAAUGUCCUUGGAAUGGAGACUUGUGGGUUACCAGACGAACUUCUAACUCAAAUUCUGGGUGAUCGAGUCCAAAGGCAUCUCAGAACUUUGCGGGAUUCAGGACAUUUACAGGGGUGCCGUUAUAAUCCUAUCGCUAGACAGUGCUGUAACACAAGGGAUAGUACUGGGGCAUUUAUACCGCCAUGUGAUGGAAUCUCCAGGACAACCAUGAACCCCGGUGAAUUUGAACCACUUACUCAACAGAUGGCAGUGAGAAUGAGUAAUGUCGCCGUCUUGAGGAGCAUUCUCUCGUGGCUUUUAGACCAUGUGACAUCAGCUAUUAGCAGUCCUAAUUCCAUGCUAUCUGAUCAUCAUCGGCGUCUUGUAAGCAGUUCUGAAUAUGAACUUUCACUGUCGUACUGCGAGCAUGGACCGAGCCUGGAUGGCAUUCCCAGUAGUUGUACAGCCGAAGGUAGAAGUGAUGUUCCCCAACCAGGAACAGAAGCACUUCGCGAGCCAGGGACGCUGAAUGAUUACACUGAGCACAUUUGCAGACUGGAGAUUUCGCAAGUUAAAUUAGUUAUUUACAGAAUAAACAAGCUUUUCAAACAGGUUUUUCGGUCUUUACUUGACCUCGAUCUCUGCCGAUUCAGCAUCGGAAGACGCCUGACGCCGGCCAUGGAACUCCUGUCACGUGAAUUACAGAGAUUUCACGGUGUCUUGUACCCAGAAAGCUUCAAUAGAUUUCUCACAGACCUCUGGACUGCAGUGGCACAGAAUUUCGAGGAGGAAUCGCAUCGUUUGGUGAGAAGAAAGUCUUCAGCUUCACAGCAAAGCCAGCUUCUCCUACAGGCUGUAGCGUACCUGAUGCGGUUUUUCUACGGUGGAGGUGAUGGAUUGGCUUACGAUACAUUGGCCGCACCCAUGGAUCCCACCGUGCAGUACUUGCAGUUAUACACCAACCCAACACACCGGCUUAUUUCCAUGUACCACUCCCUCUACAAACAGAUGCUCAUUACGCAGCAGCAGUUUCGGAUUGACGAAUUAACGUCAUCGGUCAGCGUCAGCUCGCAUAAUGCUAGUGCCAAUGCCCCUGCAGAUUUUGUCAUCCAGGCAAUGCUCAAAGAUCUGCACGCCACUCGCAAGUGUUUCUCAGGAGCGGCGCUAGUUGAGUGGAUGGAGAACUAUGUUCAUCAUAAUGGAUAUGAUAAUCUGGGUGUGUGCAUUGGAAGCACGGAGACCGAAACGGGAUUGGAAUUCGGCCAGUACCUCCUGGAGCGUGGAAUGCUGAUCUGUGUCAGUCCUCCGCCACGUUUUGACCGGCAGCCUUCAACUGGAAGAAGAAGACAAAGUCAGGGGCACGAAGAGAAUGCACGAACAGAGCUAGGCAAGGUGUUUGUCAACGAGGAUGUACAGCCAGAAAUCAGGGUCAAUAAUAUCGAGGUCACCACCCCGAGUAAUAGAAGUUCGCCAGCCUCCAGCUCUCGUUCGACCUCUCGAUCCACACGCACGGGAUCAAAUGACUCUGAAGAAGAGGCUGACGACGAAUGUGAUGACGACGAUGAUGAUUUCUUGGGCAGCGCAAGCGAUAUCUGGAGCCGCGUCAACAGCGUGCGGUCUGAGCGAGACGCAACGUUUUACAAUCACCCCAAAGCGCUUUACAAGUUUAUUUGCGAAGAAGACAGCUCUAGAACCGAUGUCAAGAUCGCUUUAGGCAUCACUGACCGCUUGAAUUUGCCAGAUAAACUGAAGCAUAUCCUCUGCGUUCUUUACGCCAGGAGAGAUUCGGAGAAAGAAGCACGGAGCUUUCUGAGGAGACUUCCCAGGGAUCUUUUGGAUGACGCUGUUCGCAGAGAGGAAGGAAGGGAUGUCCAGUGUGCGAUUUGUCAGACGUUGUGAAAAGCUUACCAGUGUCAUUUGAACGGGCAAGGGCCAGGUGGCGUCUGUUAACAGUACAAGGCCACUGUUCAACUCUCUUUCAUUUGACAGAUAUUUGAGUCUAGAAGUUUUUUAAUCAACAGUUUGGUGUUUGUUUUGAAGUUUACGUUGAGCAAUUGUUGAUGUUGCAGCUUUAGUUUAGUAACAGUUUAGUACUUAACAAUUAGACUACGAGCUCGUGGUGUCUAUCAGCGAAGAGUCAACGAGGCACAGCAGAGUUGACCGUAACUUAUGCCCCUCACGCAAAACGAGAUCGUCAAGUCUAAUUGUUUUAGUAGAAACACUAAAUUACCGCAGUCCAACACUUAACAAUUGGGCUAAUUUAAGCCAAAAUCAACCAUUCAGGGAGAACCAAUUCGAUUUGCGAUGGAUUUCCAGUAUAACGCUGUGACUGUCUACCAGUAUAGUUUCAGUAGUCUCCUCUUGAGUUGUCAUAAGAUGUUUAUCCCCCCUUUCUACGUGGCGACCCAAAAGUUCAAAUUUAGUUUCUUUGUUUUUGGUAGAAAACUUCUAACGCCACCAUCUUAACCUAGAUGUAAAAAGAUAAUUCUCUGGAACGUUAGAGAUUACUUCAUUAACUAAUUCUUUCAAUGGUAGAAUAAUAUCAUGUAAGGGGGUCAAACUCGUUUGUUGUACUAAGACAAAUAUGAAUCUUUCUUUUCACUUGGGAUGUUAUUGCGAAGAUUAACUGGAAGUAAGUGGAGUGGUGACUUGGCUGAAAUUGAAGUAAAUGAAGAAAUGGAUGCGAGUCAAACCACAAAAAAUAAAACCUUUUAAGCCCGUCACGGUGAAACCCAUUACAAUCUAGGUACUGGUUGCAAGCUCAGUAAAUGUUCUUUUCUGAGUAAUUCAAUUUGCGUUCAGUUCAUCAUUCGUUUCAGAAAAAAAUGGAGUUAAUACACUGGCAUGUGUCUUGUGUGGAAAAGAAAGGGUUUGAUUCUGUCAUUAAUCCCUAAAAUUAUUGUAGUUCUAUUUUCAUUUAGUGCUUUUUUUGUUUUUGUUUUUUUCUUUGUUUGGUUCUUUGUUUUAUAGUACGGUAGGGGAAAGGGGCACGUUGAGCGCUAAAAUGAUCAAUAUUCAACUUUUUAACCUUCUCUUCCCGUCUUUGUAGCCUUCUACCUUAUUUCCAUGGAUACAAUCUUGUGUAAAUAGAUUCAAAUCGUGCAAACUAUAACCUUGUAUCUUUGGCUAUACUGUAUGUAAUGAGUAGUAGCUGAUCAUGGCAAUUUCACCUGUGUCGCGAUGAGCAAAUAACUUCUAUUGCAUGGGCCAUGACGAGACGGAUAGUCGUUGACAUCCGAAAUUUCGUAAAUUUCUUCAGUGUAAAUGAUUCAAUAGAUUAUGUAGAAAGUGAUAUGUAAAGUUACAUGUAACAGUUUCCGUCUUAGCAUUUUUACAGGGUUGCCACCGUCAGGGGAAAAGUCAGGGAAAAGUAUAUUUUAUUCAAGCUCAGGGAAAAGUCGGGGAGUUUCCAAAUCCGUGUUCAAAGUCAGUGAAAAGUCAAGGAAUUUUAUCUUGAGGUUGUCGCAAAUUAUUUUAUUAGAUGUUUUUGUAUAUAGACAAGGCAUUUUUGUUUUUAAAAUUGUCUGAGCCAUCCUCAUUUUUGUUGAUUCAUGGCCAGAAUAGUCAUCCUGCAGGGUCAGUGAAAAUUGCUUUACAGUCAAUGAAAAGUCAAGGAUUUUUUUGUUCCGGUGGGUGGCAACCCUGUUUUAAGAGUGGAAUCAAUUUUAGGUCUCAUAGACAUUUAGACUUGAAUGUAUUUGGUAUAGCUAGGUUUAUUUUGCGACGUAUCGUGAUUUUUUGGUAUCGUUUAUUUUCAUGAGAAGUCAGAUCUUGUAACUCAAUAGAGAUUCAAUCAAUAAAAAUAUAUUUUUUGUAAACAAAAAUUGUAGGAAUACUUAGAGGUUGUGGUUCCGAGUAGUUAUAUUACAAAAUGUAUGAUUGAAAGCAAACAUUUUUAACUAUAAAGG